UAGGAAAUCCGAAGCAGACGCUCCCAGUCUGAGAAGUGGGAACAAAACCCAAAGGCCACAAGAAACGCAGAUACUUGGCGGUUAUAUUUUCAAACUUUCAUGCAACUGCGGUGACAAGAUGCCCACCAACUUCACUGUGGUGCCAGUGAAUGAUGAAGAGGGCAACAGUAAUAAGGCAACUGGAGGUGACAAACCUGUCAGCCUCAAUAAUAUUUUUCGGGAUGAAGAUAAGGAAAAUAACUCAGACGGAUCCCAGUCAGGAGAUGACGUUCAAAGGGAGUCACACCCAUUCAUCAACUCAGACCAUGACAUCGAACAGUAUGAUGGCAAAAACAUGGCCUUAUUUGAGGAAGAAAUGGACCGCAACCCUAUGGUGUCAUCUCUUCUAAACAAGCUAGCCAACUACACCAACCUCACCCAAGGUGUUUGGGAGCACGAGGAGGCUGAAGAUGGGGUUAGGAGGGUCAUCAUGGUCCCCCAGAUGGGAACGUUUAUCGGGGUGUAUCUGCCCUGCCUGCAAAACAUUCUGGGUGUGAUCCUUUUCUUGCGUCUCACCUGGAUGGUCGGAACGGCAGGAAUCCUCGGAUCCUUGGCCAUUGUGUCCAUGUGUUGCAUUUGUACAUUGCUCACAGCUAUAUCGAUGAGCGCCAUAGCAACAAAUGGUGUUGUACCAGCGGGCGGCUCCUACUACAUGAUCUCCAGAUCACUGGGACCAGAGUUUGGUGGAGCAGUUGGUCUCUGUUUCUACCUCGGGACCACCUUUGCCGGAUCCUUGUACAUAAUCGGCACCAUUGAGAUUCUGCUGACAUAUAUUGUUCCGACAGCAACACUGUUUGAGGCGACAAGUAUAGAAAGUGAAGGAACAGCUGCCCUCAACAAUAUGCGUGUCUACGGAACUUGUUGCCUGCUUCUGAUGGCACUUAUUGUGUUUGUUGGGGUUAAGUAUGUGAACAAACUGGCUCUGGUGUUUUUGGCUUGCGUCAUGCUCUCCAUCAUGGCCACCUAUGCAGGAGUCAUCAAGUCGGCCAUUGAGCCGCCAGAGUUUACUGUGUGUCUUCUGGGAAACCGUUCUCUGAAGAACGACAAGUUUGAAGUGUGUGCAAAGACUAUGAACGUGGACAACCAGACUUUGACCACCGAUCUCUGGAAACUUUUCUGUAACAGUGAACAUCUCAACGCCACCUGUGAUGAUUAUUUCAGUUUAAAUAAUGUUACAGAGAUUCCGGCUAUUCCCGGGAUCUUGAGCGGGGUUCUGAAAGACAAUCUAUGGGGUGACUAUGGUCCAGCCCAUACGGUUUUAGAAAAGAAAAAUCAGGAUUCUGUACCAGCUCAAGACACAUCCGGAGAUAUUUACAAACCCUACGUCUUCAAUGACAUUGCCACCUACUUCACGCUGCUGGUGGGAAUAUAUUUCCCUUCAGUUACAGGUAUAAUGGCUGGCUCAAACAGAUCUGGUGAUCUCAGAGAUGCCCAGAGGUCAAUACCGAUUGGAACGAUAAUGGCUAUUGUCACCACAUCUUUCUUAUACAUUUCCUGUGUGCUAUUUUUUGGAGCAUGUAUAGAGGGAGUGGUGCUGAGGGACAAGUUUGGCGACUCAGUCAAGAAAAACCCAGUAAUUGGAAUCCUGGCUUGGCCAUCACCUUGGGUUAUUGUGAUUGGAUCAUUUUUUUCCUGUUGUGGGGCUGGGCUUCAAAGUCUAACUGGAGCCCCCCGGCUGCUUCAGGCCAUCGCUCGUGAUGGGAUCGUACCAUUCUUGCAGAUAUUUGGUCACGGCAAAGCCAAUGGCGAACCCACUUGGGCUCUGUUGCUGACAGUUGGAAUCUGUGAAAUAGGAAUACUCAUUGCCUCGUUGGAUGCCGUGGCUCCCAUUCUCUCAAUGUUCUUUCUUAUGUGCUAUCUAUUUGUAAACCUGGCCUGUGCUGUCCAGACUUUGCUCCGAACACCCAACUGGAGGCCUCGCUUCAAAUUCUAUCACUGGACUUUGUCUUUCUUAGGGAUGAGUCUGUGUUUGUCUCUCAUGUUUAUCUCCUCCUGGUACUAUGCCCUGGUUGCCAUGGUGAUAGCUGGUUGCAUCUACAAGUACAUUGAGUACAGAGGGGCAGAGAAGGAGUGGGGAGAUGGUCUCCGAGGUUUGUCUUUAAAUGCAGCACGGUUUGCCCUAACUCAUCUUGAGGAAUCACCACCACAUACCAAAAACUGGAGGCCCCAGCUAUUAGUGUUGUGCAAGUUGGACUCACAGCUGUCGGUGAAACAUCCGCGCCUCCUGUCUUUCACUACACAGCUCAAAGCAGGAAAAGGGCUGACCAUCGUCUGUUCUGUUCUGGAGGGAACCUACAUGACACGAGGGACUGAUGCCAAGACCGGAGAGCAGAACCUGAAAGCUGUCAUGGCCGCAGAACGGACUAAAGGUUUCUCCCAUGUAGUCGUGUCCUCCAACCUGCGGGAUGGUUUUUCUCUGCUCAUUCAGUCAGCAGGACUGGGAGGAAUGAAGCACAAUGCGGUUUUGAUGGCUUGGCCAGCAGGCUGGAAACAGGCUCGAGACUCCUCCGCAAGGAGGAACUUUAUCGAGACUGUGAGGGAGACAACAGAGGCCCAGCAGGCUCUGCUGGUUGCUAAGAACAUCGACCACUUUCCAGGAACCCAUGAGCGACUCAAGGAAGGUACCAUUGAUGUUUGGUGGAUUGUCCAUGAUGGUGGACUGCUUAUGCUGCUGCCAUUUUUGAUCAAUCAGCACAAGGUGUGGAGGAAGUGUAAAAUGCGCAUAUUCACGGUGGCACAGAUGGAUGACAAUUCAAUCCAGAUGAAGAAAGAUCUCCAGAUGUUCCUGUACCAGUUACGUCUGGAUGCAGUGGUAGAGGUAGUUGAGAUGCACGACAGUGACAUCUCAGCUUUCACCUAUGAGAAGACACUGGUGAUGGAGCAGAGAUCUCAAAUGCUGAAACAAAUGCAGUUAUCCCGCACCGAACGGGAGAGAGAGGCCCAACUGAUCCAUGAUCGGAAUACAGCGUCUCAUUUUACAAAGGAAGACAAAGCGUCAACGGACAAACCUGAUCGUGUCCACAUGACCUGGACAAAGGAUAAACUCAUUAAUGAGAGAAAUAAACAGAGGGAAGGAAUGGUUGUAAAAGAUAUGUUUAACAUGAAACCUGAGUGGGAGAAUCUCAACCAGUCCAACGUGAGAAGGAUGCACACAGCUGUGAAACUGAAUGAAGUGGUGGUCAAGAAAUCGCAGGAUUCACAGCUGGUCUUGCUAAACAUGCCAGGCCCGCCGAAGAAUAAAAAAGGGGAUGAGAACUAUAUGGAGUUUCUAGAAGUGCUCAUGGAAGGACUGGAUCGGGUCCUACUGGUUCGUGGAGGUGGUCGGGAAGUCAUCACCAUCUACUCUUAGUGCUAAGCGGUUCCUAAUGUUGGGCGCACUGGAAGGAAAACCAUGGAAGACCAAUGUGAGGACAAACAAAUCCAUGGACAAUGUUGUUGGACAUUGCAAGUCUUAUCCGUGGCAGAGACUGGAAAUUAGGAAAACUGACAAAUUGAGGUCAGUGCAUCAUCUCAACGCCAUUCCGUAGAUGUUGAACCAUCUAUCUAGUGUGUAAACGGAAAGAUUACAAAUGCAAACGUCUAUUCACCAUGAUUACAUGACACGUGCUAUCUAUUUAAUUAAUUAUUGCAUUGUCAAUAUAGUGAUUUUUUAUUGAAAGUGUUGCCUGUGGAAUUAUGUUUUGUUUGCAUAAUAUUGUAUUGAAAGGAACAGAUAAAGUAAUAGUUUGACGGAAACUACAAACAUAAAGAUUGGUAGUACUAUCAUGUUUUAUACCCUUUAACAACGACAGAAUAUGUCCUGUGUUCAGACCCGCACAACAGUUGUCGCUUUUCAACUUUUAAUUUAAAGUGGGUUGGUUUGAUUCAAACCAAAUUGGUUGGUGUUGUGGUAGCAACGACAUUGGCUUUGGUCUGUCAUAGUUUGUCAGUAUUGUAAACUGGUUCAUAUCAUUUGUAUGUAUUUUAUAUAGUAUAUAUUAUAUACUAUAUAUGUGUAUGUAUUAAGAAAAUGUGUGUGUAUUGAGAAAAGAUGUAAAAAGGGCUCUAUGUUUGUGUAAGGCCUUGUCCAUUCAUUGUGUACGUUUCAAGCACUGAAAAGUUGUGAUUAUUUUAUUUUGCAUGCGUAAUAUGUAGCGACUUUGAAUGGGCAAUUUGGGUGAACUUCAUGUGUUUUAUUUGCUUUGUAUGUUAUCUUGUGUGUAUUCAUGAAGUGUGCCAAUUAGAAAUCGUCACAUUUGAAAUUGUUUUAAAGUAGACCAUUUUUACAACUUCUCAUUAGAACGAAGCUUGUAUUUAUUUCUCAGAAAUGACUUAAUUACAGGGAGCCACAAUUUAGUUUGACUCUACAUUGAUUUGUGACUGUAGAUGUCAAUUAAUUAUUCCGAUUGAAAAUAUUCGUCAUCUGUUGAGAACAAAUAAGAACAAUAAAUGGAACCCCCAAUUGUUAACCCA